CAGUUUUUAAACAGAAGCAAACUAUAAAGAAGGUUGGGGCUCUGCUAUGAAUCAGUCUGAGGACAGAGACGAGGGAGCCCCUCCCUCUAAAUCCACUCUGUGGGGGGAACAUGAAGACCAGACCAGUCCAAAGCAGCAGAACAGACCACACUCCGCUCAACCUGGACAUGAAGAUGAACCUCCACCGAAAGAAUCUCAUGAUUUCAAAGAUGGACAACAGCAUGCCAAAAAAAUGAUCCAUCCAAAGACUCCAGAUUCUCCUGAGCCCAGCUGUGUGUCCAUGAAGAGUGACAAGUCUAUGAAUCUACCCAUUCAUUUCAAACAUGAGCACCCCUCAGCUAACCCAAGGAUCCAUCCAAAGACUCCAGAUUCUCCUGCACCCAGCUGUGUUUCCAUGAAGAGUGACAAGUCUAUGAAUCUACCCAUUCAUUUCAAACAUGAGCACCCCUCAGCUAACCCAAGAGUUCAUCAGCAGGACUUUGAGGCUCCCAGUGGUCAGACCAGCCUGGACUCCAUAUUAAUGCUGCUGGAGGAGAACAUUGUCAGUUAUGUGAAAAAUGAGCUGAAGAGAGUCCAGAGAGUUCUGAGUCCAGAUUACCCAGAAUGCUUAGAGAGUCAGACUGAGAAUGAGGAGGUGUUGGACAGUGAGGAGGAGGAGCAGAGGAGGAGCAGCAGAGAGGCUUUUCUGAAGAUCACUCUGCACUUCCUGAGGAGAAUGAAGCAGGAGAAGCUGGCUGACUGCCUGCAGAGCA